GAAGCUGAGGUGCCCGCGGGGCGGCAACCGAGUAGCAAGUGCGUGCUGGUCCUGGGCUCCGCCCGCAUUUUCGGAGCGCUGGGGCGAGAAGCCGCCGGACUCCACGCUGCGGUCGUCAACCCGCUUGCGAGCCGGACCGAGCGAGGCGGCAGCCGCAAGCCGGUGCCAGCAUGGCCGCGAACUAUUCCAGCACGGGUCCCAGGAGAGAACACGUCAAAGUCACCACCAGCCCCGAGCCAGGCUUCCUGGAGCGGCUGAGCGAGACCUCGGGCGGCAUGUUUGUGGGGCUCGUGACCUUCCUCCUCUCCUUCCACAUAAUUUUCACCAACGAGGGCCGCGCCCUGAAGACGGCCACCUCGUUGGCCGAGGGGCUGUCCCUCGUGGUGUCCCCGGAGAGCAUCCACAGCGUGGCCCCCGAGAACGAGGGGAGGCUGGUGCACGUCGUCGGAGCCCUGCGGACGUCCAAGCUCUUGUCUGACCCAAACUACGGGGUCCACCUUCCGGCCGUGAAGCUGCGGCGGCACGUGGAGAUGUACCAGUGGGUGGAGACGCAGGAGGACAGGGAGUACACCGAGGACGGGCAGGCGAAGAAGGAGACGAGGUUCUCCUACAACACGGAAUGGAGGUCGGAAAUCGUCAACAGCAGAAACUUCGACCGAGAGAUCGGCCACAAAAACCCCAGCGCGAUGGCGGUGGAGUCCUUCACCGCCACGGCCCCCUUCGUCCAGAUCGGCAGGUUCUUCCUCUCGGCAGGCCUCAUCGACAAGGUUGACAACUUCAAGCCGCUGAGCCUGUCCAGGCUGGAGGACCCGCACGUGGACAUCAUUCGCCGCGGAGACUUCUUCUACCACAGCGAAAACCCCAAGUACCCGGAGGUUGGAGACCUGCGUGUCGCCUUUUCCUACGCGGGACUGAGCAGCGACGACCCCGACCUGGGCCCGGCUCACGUGGUCACUGUGAUUGCCCGGCAGCGGGGUGACCAGCUAGUCCCGUACUCCACCAAGUCUGGGGACACCUUGCUGCUGCUGCACCACGGGGACUUCUCGGCGGAGGAGGUGUUUCACAGGGAGCUGAAGAGCAACUCCGUGAAGACCUGGGGCCUGCGGGCCGCCGGCUGGAUGGCCAUGUUCAUGGGCCUCAACCUCAUGACGCGGAUCCUCUACACGCUGGUGGACUGGCUCCCCGUCCUCCGGGACCUGCUGGACGUCGGCCUGAAGGCCUUCGCCUUCUGCGUGGCCACCUCGCUGACCUUGCUCACCGUGGCCGCCGGCUGGCUCUUCUACCGGCCCCCGUGGGCCGCCCUGUUCGCCUGCCUGGCCCUGGUGCCCGUCAUCGUGGCCCGGACACGGGUGCCGGCCAAGAAGCUGGCGUGAGGCAGGCCCCGGCACCCGCCGGCAGGACCCAGGCCACCGAGGUCACCCGGGUCUGGGAUCCUGCACCCCUUCCCGCCCGCCAGCAGCUUUCGGGCAGAGCCCUGCCAAUUUCCUGCCUUUCUCCACGGCCCCGUGGGGCGGCCCGGCCCGCACGGUUCUCCUCCGCAGCUCCUCAGAGACUGACGGGGCGCGGCCUGGCCGCAGCCGCUUCCCCUCGCUGAGGACGAGCGCCGGGACCCGGCCACGACCGCCAGCUGGGACUGUCACCCCAGUGGGCAGCCUUGGCCCGUCACCGCCGAGCAGUGCCGCAGGCGCACGGAACCCGAGACUGGCUGGACCUCGAUCUGGGACUUGGAGCAAAGAAACACUGACGCUGUCUCGACGGGUAGAACUGGGCGUCGGGAGGCUGCGCACCUGUCAGCUUGGCGGCGUCUUGGCCUGCAGCAUCUCCAAAGGCCCGAUUCGCGUUUUCUUCUCCAUAACUUUGCUUCUUCCUCUGUGCUUUCCCCAAAAGGGAGUUAUCGGAGAUAAGGUUUAAGAAAUAAAACGAAACCCACCUGAGGGACUAGCCUUUCGGACCGUUGCAGGGAACGCCCUUCGGCUGUCGGCUGGAGCUAAUUCGGCUGAGGUGAUGGGAGGUCCCGUGUCCGUGGUCUGGGUCUCCGAGCAGCUUCAAAAGGAUGCUUCUGAGGCAGGCGUCAGCGAAGGGGUUUGUCUUCACUCUGGGAGGAGACGGGACCCUCCGCCGGGUGGAGAAGAGCAUCUGCCCUCACCCUCCGGCAUCGGAAAGCACCUGCGCGCCUGCCGAUGGUUUCGAGUCUCUCGUGCUAAGUGGCAUCUUCGUAGCGAACCAAAGCCAAGAGUUUGAGGCCCAGGGCUGGCCGGGGACCCCCGGGUCACCUCGCUCCCUCUGGGAGUGCGUCAGAGAACCGCGAUGUCCUAAGAGAGUCUUCGCGUGUCCUUUAUCUCGCGAUGUGCAGAUUGUUCCGUGCUUGCUGGGAGUGGGGCUUUAGCAGCUCUCGGGUAGCCGAGUACGAGGCCAGAGCUUCUGGGACCAGCAGUCCGCGACGAUCUCUCACCUGCGAUCGCCGUGCUGUAAAUCGAGAUUCUUCGUGUUGGAAACACAGCCGGCCCGAGGUGGUUUAUGUGGGGUUUGGGGUUGACACCGUGUUCACUGCUGCUUAUUAAACGAGCGAUUUCACCAAAUCUCUCGAUUAUUAAAGGAUGCUUUUGGAAACCAGACACAGUGUAACUAGAUGAUGGCUAAAUACAAAAUUCUUGGGAUUUGUUUGUGUUAUUUUUUCUCAUACGGAUUUUAAAUUACUGCCAACUUCAGAAGUGUUCCUAAAGUACAAAGUAGUGUUAAGUAAAAUUUGAAAGCUUUGGAAAAGUUUGUAUUUUUGAUAAAAAUUUGAA